AUGUGCACACUAAGUAGCAACUUCAGAACGUUCACCGUGGGAAUUUUACAUGGAGGCUACAAAUUCGCCUAUGACAAGCAUACCACGUGGGAAUCAAUUCAGUCAAGUAAAGAUAAUGUAAAGCAUUGCGCUCAAAAUUUCCUUUGUUGCAUUCCACUAAUAUUCAGUGGCCUAAGUUAUUUAUAUUGGCAGUCUAAUAGUAAAGGUGGUAAUAGCUGGAACAAUCAGGCAGUUUCCGGCAGUGACCCCCUAGGCAUCUAUAUCUCAUCAAUGGGUUAUCAAUCUACUGAAAUAAACAAUAAGAUGACUGGCAUUGGUCUACAAAACUUGCUGGAUGGAGGUAAUUUUCUUGGGCCGUUCGCCGAACUCUCUAGCCUCGACAUUGGGGAGGGGUACUGCCGAUAUGUCAACAACUUAAUAACUACAAAAACCUCCCCUCCAACCUGCCCUCUAACAUGUCUCUAUAUUACUGCUAAUGCUUAUUAUCAAAGGUAUCACCAAAAUGGCGACGCUAUGGAGGGUCAGCCUAGGACUAUUCGUGAAAUGUUGUACUGGCUCAUUGGACUUCCAUACUCCAGUAUGUUCCCUAGAGCAAAAGAUGCCAUUGAAGCUGGUAUUAGUAAAUAUAACGAUAAGAAAGAUGCGAGUGAUCACAACAGAGUCGUGUUUAUCAAAGGAAGCGCUAACAGCGUGACUAAAGACAUCGUCUUAGACAACAACUCCACCUCAUACCCUGCUCUCCUUCUCACCCCUUGCCAAUAUGCUUGUUUCGUUUUACUAGCUAUCGAGGGAAACUUACACGGUAAUAUCAAAGAAUCAACUAAUCGCCGCAAGGCUUCUUCUAAUCUGAUCUUUCACAAGAUAUACUGCAACACUGAAUUUGGAUUUCACUAUCCCGAUAACAUAAAUUCCCGGUUUUCUAUGCUGUGGGACGUUGUCGCGUGCGUUUAUGAUCAAUUGUACUUUGUUCAGCGCCAAUGCCAAAUAUGUCUGCUGAUGGGUUGUGGAUGGACAUGGUGUCAGUGCGGCGCUAAUAUAGGUUGUAAGAACAUGAUAUCUUGGAUAUGUGAAGGUAACCCUGGCAUUGAGCAUGGCGAAAAUCCUGAUAAAUGCAACAAUUGCAAAGAAGAGCACUCCACUUGCGGUCAAGUAAAACCUUCUCCCCUCCAAGCCAAUUUGUGUGAUAGUCUAAGAGAUUUCAGAUGUGAGAAAAUGGGAAGCGAUUAUCCACCCUUUAAAGACCACUAUCAACAUCCAUCUAGAACACAGCAGUGUCACAUUCCCAUGGGAUUUCUCCAAACCUAUCUUCCAUCAUCCGCUCGUAGAGGCCAUCAUCUCUCCUGUACGCUGAAAUACUAUACCAAUGAAGAGAGCAUCAACGAUGCCAUCCUGUACAACCUUAUUUUGUGUUCAAUCUGUGUCGGCCUGCGUACACCAAGAACAGCAGGUGAUCUCUUUGGUUUUUUCUAUUACAUGGGUUGCAAUAUGAAAAUCAGUGCUAAAACUGUCGCGAAUGCAAUCAAAGGGACGAUUGCUGAGGGACCAUUUCACUAUGACAAAUCUGAAGAGCUUACUGAUGCGGCCCACUUUCUAAGUGGCAAAUCUGGUGAUCAUGAUGGCACAACUCCACACGAACCUAAGGACAAACCAACUCUACGCAGCCUGAGUUAUGGCGAAUGCAAGAAUUCCGGUCGUUCCAAAACUUAUACCUGUGGUCCCUACCUCGCAACACUUUCUUGUGGUAUUUACUCCAACAUUUCUAAGGAUUUUGCAGGGGCCUACUUGUCACGUAUGAUCUAUCUAACAGAGGAGUUGAAAUAUGGAUUACAAGCACUACUUGAAACAUUUAAUAGUAUCGAUUGUAAGAAAUAUGGUGGAUGCAGGCAUAACAAAUCUGGCUUAUCAUGCACAUCAAAUUGUCAUUCCAAUAACAAAUGCUUUUGUAAAAACAUCGUGGAGUGCGCUGGAGUACUCGGACUAUUGUACCGCUUUGGUUUUACGUACAAUUACGCCACCAGGCUGACUGGAAAAUAUAAAAAACUAUCGGAAUAUAAACGCGAAUGCUCAGACUUCACCAAACAACUUUACAAUGUCAUAGAAGGUGCUCUAUUCAUCAACCUUUUGUCUGCCAUCAACGACUUCCUCUGCAACAUUCGUCAGCACUUCAUUACAUACCUCCUAACCUUAUGGCUCGUAACCAUGCUCUACCUAACAUAUGGUAUGAUCAUACCACUCGAUAUCCUGCGCAUUCGGUCACAUUGGCCAUUGGCUGGUACACAUAUGUUGCUACCAAUCCUUCUGCUAUCACACAAAAUAUCGCCUAGUGGCACAGGAUAUUUGAAACCGUGA